AUGAUGACGAUGUCGAAUAGCGGUGCGAUGGCUAAUGGCGGUGCAGCGGCGAUUAACGGUGGAGCGGCGAUUGGCGGUGGAGCGGCGGCGGAUAAAAGCGGCGCCGCGACGGGUUUCGGAGGCAGCGGCGAAGCUAGGGGUGGCGGGAAGUCAGGGACGAGCGCGGGAACCGGCGACGGCAACGGGUCGACGGAAGAAGGAGCUUCGGUGGGGAAGAAGUCGGGGGGCACGAGGCGGCUGGCGGAACGCGGAGCGGACGGGAGGCGGCCGCGCAAGCGGUGCAAGCUGGUGCUGUUCGAGAGCCGGCUGCCGCGCGACGGGUUCGUGUGGCUCAAGUACGGCCAGAAGGAUCUGUCGGGCGGCACCAUGACGAGGCACUACUUCAAGUGCAACGCGGCGGACUCGGCGGCUGCGUGCGAGGCGAAACGCAUCGUGGACUACAACAAGGUGGACCCCAGGCACCCCAUCCGCGUCUCCACCACCGGCGCGCACAACCACGACGCGCCCGCCGCCCCGCUCGGCCUCAGCCUGUGCCGGGAGGGGGAGACGGCGGGCGAGGGGGGCGUGGGGGGCACGGGGGGCGAAGGGGACGAGGGGGAAGAGGGGGAGGAGUAUUAUGAGAGAACGGGGGAAGAUCGGGAGUGGGGGGAAGAGGAAGUGCGCAUGGGGAGUGCGCUGACGGCCCUGGCAUGGCGGCAGGGGGGAGAGCUAGAGGGGCAGCAGGGGGGGCAGGGACAAGGGUGGCGGGAGCAGGGGCGGCAGGAGCAGGGGCGGCAGGAGCAGGGGCGGCAGGAGCAAGGGCGGCAGGAGCAGGGGCGGCAGGAGCAGGGCCGGCAGGAGCAGGGGCGGCAGGGAGACACGGCAGGAGUGUCGGAGGAGGAAAAACGGGGCAGGCGAGGAGUGUCGCCCCCUCUGCCCGCAACCAUGCCGCCCGAACCCAUGCUGCCCGCACCCAUGCCCGCACCCAUGCCCGCACCCAUGCUGCCCGCACCCAUGCCGCCCGCACCCAUGCCCGCACCCAUGCCCGCACACAUGCCCGCACCCAUGGCAGCUGCAGCGGCGCCAGCAGCAAUGCCAGCAGUAAUACCGGGACCGGGAGUGGGCAGGGUGGGUGGAGCGCGGGAUUGGCUGGCGCAACGGCAAGCAGCAGACGGGCGGGCGCGGCCGCUUGGGCGCACAGCAUCAGCACCGGUGGGGCGGAUUGGGGCGGCGGAGGGGGGUGGGGCAGCGGCGGGUGGGGGGCGAGUGGGGCCGCGGCAGGCGUUUGGCGUGGAGUGCUCCAUGCCUCUGCUGCAGCAAUGGCUGCAGCACCGCGCCACGCAAACCCAGCAACAGCAGCUGCCGAGCCCACCGCAGCCGCCGAGCCUACCGCAGGUGCCGUGCCUACCGCAGGCGCCGUGCCUACCGCAGGCGCAAAGAAUUCAGCGGCCACCUUCACAGCAGCAGCAGCAGCAGCAGCAGCAGCAGCAGGUAGCACAAGAAGCAGCGGGUGCACCUACGGGUGAUGGACACCCCAUAGGAGCAAUGAGACGGCAAGAGGACGAUGCGGGGGUAGCAGCGGCGGUGGCAGGCGCAGGUCAGGCAGCAGAGGGAGCGUGUGCAGCGCGGGUGGUGCGGCAGACGCAGGUGGCAGAUGCACCUCAGGCAGCACAGCCGGUAGCACACGCACAACCCAGGCCGACACGACACGAAGCAUCAGUCUCCAUCCCAGCAGCAGCAGCAGCAGCAGCGCCACCAGCACCACUAGAGGCAGAAGCAACGACCCGAGGCACCUUUCCUGAUCAUGCGGGGCAUGCCCCACACUCAGCACCGCCAGGGUCAGCGGCGCCGCAAGCGGCGGUGGCAGCGCGGGUGGAGGCGCUGCGGCGGCAGCAGGAGGAGGCGACGAGGCGGGAGGCGGAGGCGGCAGCAGCGGUGCGGCAGCUGGAGCAGCAGCUGGAGCAGCAGCGCGCCGCCGCCGCCCAGGCACGCGCCCGCGCUGCUGCCGCCCAGGCGGAGGCCGAGACAAAGCUGGCCGCCCUGCGGAGACAGCUGCUGGCGGAGCAGAGCCCCCGGGAAGGGGGGAUGGCGGCUGGGGGAGUGGGGGCUGGGGGUAUAGGGUGGGGGACAGGGGCUACGGUGGUGGUAAAGCAAGAGGCGAGGGGCGAGGAGGCGGUGGCGGAUGAUGUGCCUGUGGGGCAAGGGGAGGUGCCCCCCCCUGCCCUCUCUACCAUUCCUCGUCUCCCUCUCGCAGCCCCUUCUCCCCCUUCUCUCCAUGCUUCAACCCCCCCUUACCACCCUUACCCUCAAACCAAAGCCUCCUUACCUCCCCCACAACCCUCCCGGCCUGCUUCCAUUGCAGCAUCCCUCCCCGUCAGCAGCACAGCGCCUGCCCCAGGAGUCACCUCCGCGUUCGCCCCAGACACCGCCUCACCCACUACCAGCCGAAACCGCACCCAGGAACCCAGCAACAGCCAGUGCGAGAAUCUGGAAGAGAGUGGGAGCGCGAGGGAGGGCCACGGGGGUUUAGAGAGUGGCGUUGAGGGAGGGGGCCAGGGGGGUGCGCGGGGCGGGAACAGCAGCACGGCGGCGCUGGCGCUGUCGCUAUCGUGUGUGGCGCUGCGCCUCGUGCUGCAGCUGCAGGAGGCUGCCAGGGCGGAGCAGCAGGGGGGGGGCGGAGUGGAGGAGAAGCAGGCAGCAGCAGGUGCUGCUGGGGAGGGAGGUGGAGGGAAUGGGUCGGAGCGGUUUGGUGAGGGAGUGGAGGCAGCAGCAGGUGGAGGUGUGGAAGCAGGUGGAGCAGGAAGCAGAGAGGAGUAUGGAGGGGGGGAGGCAGGCAGGCAAGAGCAGUACCGGUAUGGCCCAGCUCACAGCGCCCCUGAGAUGUCCACUCUCACUGCAGCUGCCGUGCCCACUGGCUCAUCCAUGGCAUUCCCCUCUGCUUUCCUGCAGGCAGGGGGCAUGUGGGAGGGUGCAGGCGGUGUGAGGAGCAGAGCGGAUGCUGUGGGCAGCAGCACAGGGGCACCGCCCCCCAGCCCCACGGACUCUCAUGCGCCCUGCAAUGCUGCCAGGCGUGUGGAUGUGGAGCUGCGCCUCUGA